AUGAGGGAAUGUACAAAAUGCAAGUCAAACGAAUAUACCAACAAAAAUCUGGUGAUGAUGGUCAACGAGUGUGGUCAUCCGCUCUGCAAGAAUUGUGUAGAAAAUCUUUUUGUGCGAAAUGCUGGUCCGUGCCAUGUUUGCGGCAAGACAUUGCGAAAAAAUAAUUUUUGGGAGCAAGUCUUCGAUGAUCCGCUCAUAGAGAAGGAAACACAUAUACGUCGGCGAUUGAGGAAGAUCUAUAAUCUAAAAAAGGACGACUUUCCUUCUUUAAGGGAGUUUAACGACUAUCUAGAAAGAUUUGAGACAAUUGUUUGUAAUCUCGCCUUCGGCAUUGAUGUGGAUGACACAGAAGCUGAAAUUGCCGCCUUCAAAGAAUCAAAUGCCGAGUUGAUAGAGAAAAACAGAAAGAGACUAGACGAGGACCAGAUAUGGAUCAUGCAGAAUCUGAAAGAAGAUCGUGAUAUGAGAAAUCGUGUCGAUCAGGCGCAUAGUCAAGAAAGCAAAGAAGCGGAGAAAUCAGCGGUGAAGGAUACAAAGGCGAUUAUGGAAGAACUACGCGAAUCCAACGUACCUGCUGAAGUGAUCCUAGAUAGGGAACGAAAGCGCCAGAUUGAGCAAGAGCUUGAAGAAAAAGAAGAAGCAGCAAGGAGGAAGAAGCGCAAUAAAGAAAUUCUGCAAGAUAGGAAAAGAAUGGCUGAAUCGAUGUCCUUCUCUACAACGCAGCGUGUGUCCGGAAGAGCUUUUGAAUAUAAACCACCUCGAUUACACAUCAAUGGUCCACCAAUACCGUCAAAGGAUGAAUUGGAAUCGAAGGGUUAUCUGCAGCAUAUUCGUGCUGCGAGUAUGGCUCGGGUUGCUGGAGGUUUUACGACUCACACUGGUUGUCUUCGGGCUUUGUUUGAUAGUCGUGUGGAUUUGCUCAGUUUCUAGAAUCAUCCUUCUACAGUGUUUAUAGUUUUUGAAUGAUUUGUUGCAGUGACUGAUUCAAGUUAUGUGUACGUUACCAUUGUUAUCUUAUAGUAUUCUUGUAUAAAGCCAGAGAGUAAU